CGCCGAAUGUUUUCAGUUCAAAAACGCAACGAACGCGUAGUAGUAAAGAACCGAGAACUAGCGGAAAAUCGCGAAAAAGCGCGGAAGUACAACAACAAACAGUGUGAAUAAAUAUUAUUUUCAUUAAGUUCAAAUAAAAGUGUUCUUCUCUACUUUCCAUUUCACUGCCUGUGUUCGUCCUUGUGUAACGGUACACCACCGAUUUUGAAUUUUGCUGUCGCUGCCGUAGAUGUCAGUAGUGCCCCUAAUGUUCCGUGACUGGUGGGAUGAUUUAGAAUUUCCAACGCGCACAUCGCGCCUCUUGGACCAACACUUCGGCACAGGACUCAGACGCGAUGACUUGAUGUCAUCCGUUUGGAACUCCCGCCCAACAAUGUUGCGUUCCGGUUAUCUGCGCCCAUGGCAGCGUUCACCCACCAGCUUGCAGAAGCAAGAAUCCGGUUCCACAUUGAACAUUGACAACGAGAAAUUCGAAGUCAUUUUGGAUGUACAACAAUUCACACCCAAUGAGAUCACCGUAAAGGUGACCGACAAGUUUGUACUCGUCGAGGGCAAACACGAGGAGCGCCAGGAUGAACACGGUUUUGUUUCGAGACAGUUCUCCAGACGUUACCUGUUGCCAAGUGACGUGAAUCCCGACAACGUGAGCUCAUCCCUGUCAUCCGAUGGUCUGUUGACCAUCACCGCUCCCAUGAAGAAGCUGCCACCUCCUGCCACUGAACGUGUGGUGCCCAUCUCACAAACCGGUCCAUCCUCCAAGGAAGAUAAUGCCAAGAAAAUCGAGACCACCACCGCCUAAGUCACCCGUACGACUUCGUCAGAAACAGACUGUUUUUCCAUUUUCUAAUACUCAUGCUUACUCAAAUGGCUCUUCAUUGUUAGUCAUGCAUUAAAAAUCCAUUUUCUGUUAUUUAGCAUAAAUUAAUAAUCAUUUAUAAUUUUGUAAUUUAUUUUUAUACUAAAGAGAAAAAGUAAAAAAUAACGAAAAACUA